GCCUGUGACAUGUGCUUACUACGUUUCUUCCACCGGACGGUCUUACCGGUAGCCCGCUCAUCCAUCGUCAGAUCACUGAUCUCUCCUCACCUAACUCCGCCCUUCCCCUUCUUCUUCUUCAACAACAAAACAGAACAUGAUGUUAAGGCUGCGACCAGAGCCCCACCCUUCAUUCUUUCUCUACCUUAAUGGCUUCCUCCGCCUACUCUCCCUCCCUUUCACUCUCAUCAUCAACCAACUCCUCUCUCUCCAGACGCGACCCCUGCGGUUCCUCUCUCCGAUUCGCGAGCUCCAAAACGGUCUCUGUCCGAUCUCCCUUCAUAUCCGCUAAACCAGUUGAGCUGAUUCGGGUAGGAUCUUCUGGGUCGAAUGUAGUUCCGGUGAAAUCGUGGGUUUCUGCGAGUUCGACUCCGGUGAUGGAUCAGUCACCCAGCAAAACGAGCUCCGCGGCUCCCACUGUCGUCGAGGUCGAUUUGGGGAACCGGAGCUAUCCAAUUUACAUUGGAUCUGGACUUCUUGAUCAACCCGAUCUUCUCCAAAGGCAUGUUCACGGGAAGAGAGUUCUUGUGGUAACUAACACCACGGUUGCACCAAUAUACCUGGAUAAGGUUGUUGAUGCUUUAACUAGAAGAAAUCCAAAUGUUUCAGUCGAGAGUGUGAUUUUACCUGAUGGUGAGCAGCACAAGGACAUGGACACUCUUAUGAAAGUUUUUGACAAGGCCAUUGAGUCACGAUUGGAUCGACGUUGUACUUUUGUUGCCCUUGGUGGUGGUGUGAUUGGCGACAUGUGCGGAUUUGCUGCUGCUUCUUUCCUCCGUGGUGUCAAUUUUAUUCAGAUUCCAACAACUGUUAUGGCACAGGUGGAUUCUUCUGUUGGAGGCAAAACUGGCAUAAACCACCGUCUUGGGAAAAAUUUGAUUGGUGCUUUUUACCAACCUCAGUGCGUACUUAUAGACACCAAUACAUUAAACACGUUACCAGAUAGAGAACUAGCAUCAGGGCUUGCUGAGGUUAUAAAGUAUGGGCUUAUUAGAGAUGCUGAAUUUUUUGAGUGGCAAGAGAAGAAUAUGCAGGCAUUAAUGGCAAGAGACCCUAGUGCAUUGGCUUAUGCUAUCAAGCGUUCAUGUGAAAAUAAGGCUGAAGUUGUAUCCUUAGACGAGAAGGAAAGUGGACUUAGGGCAACAUUGAACUUGGGGCAUACAUUUGGCCAUGCUAUAGAGACUGGUUUUGGCUAUGGACAGUGGCUCCACGGCGAAGCUGUUGCAGCUGGCAUGGUAAUGGCAGUAGACAUGUCAUACCGACUUGGUUGGAUUGAUGAUUCUAUUGUGAAGCGAGUCGACAACAUCUUACAACGAGCAAAGCUACCCACAGCCCCCCCUGGAACCAUGACUGUGGACAUGUUCAAAUCUGUCAUGGCGGUUGACAAGAAGGUAGCUGAUGGGUUACUAAGGCUGAUCCUUUUAAAAGGCCCUCUAGGCAACUGUGUUUUUACUGGUGAUUAUGAUAGAAAAGCCGUAGACGAGACAUUACGUGCAUUCUGUAAGUCUUGAUUUAUAAGUAUAACGAUGACCCUCUCUCCUCCCCCUCUUCCUUCAUUUUCCUCGUUGCUGUGUAAUUUUUGUACAAGAUGCUGUCAUGGGACAUUAAUUUUUGUGCAUUUAAUUUUUUGUUUUCCUGAAUCAAAUGAUGGGGAGUAUUAUUUUUAUUAUAUACAAAAUAUUGUCAUAAGCUAAUGUAAUUCAGACAUUAAAUAGGCAUUUGCCAUAAAAA